GAAGAAGAGCGCCCAUCAUCAGAAAAGCAAAAACAACGGGAGGCAGCAGAAGGCAGAGAGAAACACACAUCGAGGAAGAUCAGAAAAUUUUCGUCAGUCACAGUGUUGUUGGUGUUGUUUUUUAGCAAGAGGAAAAACUCGCAUCUUUUACAUCCGUUUGUGGCCAGGACCCUCCGAUCCAGAGACCAAAAGACUGGAGCAGAAAUUCUACGCAUAAACAAACUGGAAGGAUGAUAAUCUAGCCGGAUGCCAAACGGGCUCUAACAAAGGAUAACAGAGGCGAAAAAUGUGACGCUAACUUCCGCGUAAGGCAGAUUCCAUAUUUCCACCGUAAAAGCUGUUACAGAUCUCUUUUUGUGGAGAGACUGUUUCACAUCCACUGGCAAGGCUUUCGAAGCGAGGGCGAGACAUGGCUAAAUCCGAUACGAGAACUUACGAUACUCUAACGAACCAGGACACGAAUCCUUUCAACAAUGAUGCUAACAAGCGGUCGCCCAUCAUCGACGAGGAGGAGACACCCCAGAGCAGUGGGUUGGUCAUUCAUGUCGUGCCGGAGACGAAUAAAGCACGAUGGAACCACAUCGAGGAUCUGGAUUCGUUUUUCAACCGGCUCUACUGCUACCAUCAGAAGCAUGGAUUCUAUGUGAUGAUGCUGCAGAAAGUGUUCGAACUGUUUCAGUUCAUGUUUGUCGUCGUAUUGAUCACAUACAUGAUCAAUUGCAUAGAUUAUAGUGUACUUUUUAACGAAAAAGAAACAGAACGCCACAAAGUUAAGCUAUCAGAUGCGAUGCUCCCACCAGCAGAGUGUGUAGCCGCGCUGGGAGGCGUCGACUGGCUGAUUCUGAUAUUGGCCGGCCUGUUUUGGAUUUUCCGGUUGUUCAAAUUCCUGUGCCAUCUGGUACAGUUUUGGGACAUCAAGCUUUUCUUCAACACGGCGCUAAAGAUUGAGGAUUCCGACUUGGAUAACCUCACCUGGCACGAGGUUCAGAAGAAGAUCCGUGAGGUGCAAUCGGAAAUUCAGAUGAGCAUCAACAAAGAACAAUUGACUGAGCUAGACAUCUAUCAUAGGAUAUUAAGAUUCAAAAAUUAUAUGGUUGCAAUGAUGAACAAAUCACUUCUUCCAUCUACGAUUCAACUGCCAUUCUUGGGAAAUGUAGUCUGCCUGAGCCAAGCUUUGCGCUAUAACAUAGGGUUAAUUCUUUUCUGGGGGCCAUGGUCUCCUUUCGAAAACAACUGGCACCUUCGGGAGGAAUUCAAGCGUUCAAGCCGCAGGCUAGAACUGUCCAAAAAAUUGGCUAAUCAAAUAUUUUGGGUGGCGGUGGCCAACAUUGUUCUCUCGCCGUUCAUCUUCCUGUGUCAGUUGAUGUACUUUUUCUUCAACUACGUCGAUCUGAUCAAAAAAGAACCAGGGACACUGGGUAUGCGUUGCUGGUCCCAAUACGGUAAACUACAUUUGCGCCACUUCAAUGAGCUGGAUCAUGAAUUGGAUGCGCGAUUGACUCGCGCCUAUCGGCCGGCAGUGAAAUACAUGAACUCGUUCUCAUCGCCCCUUUUGACUGUGAUUGCAAGAAAUGUGGCUUUCGUUUGCGGUGGUGUAGCUUCCUUGAUAUUUCUGUUAGCAGUCUACGAUGAAGACGUGUUUCAGGUGCAACAUGUUUUUACAAUUUUUACCAUUUUCGGCGCUGCGAGUGUUAUUUCAAGAUCUAUGAUCCCUGACGAGAACAUGAUUUGGUGCCCGGAACAAUUGCUACGAAACGUCCUUGCUCACGUGCACUAUCUUCCGGCAUCGUGGCGUGGCUACGCUCACACUUCGACAGUUCGCGAUCAGUUCGAGCAGUUCUUCCAAUUGAAGGCGAUGUACAUCAUGAACGAAUUAUUUAGCCCUUUUGUUGCGCCGUUUGUUCUGAUGUUUGUGUUGAAGCCCAAAGCUCUCGAUUUGGUAGACUUCUUCCGCCAUUUCACAGUGGACGUCGUUGGAGUUGGAGAUGUGUGUUCUUUUGCUCAGUUGGAUGUUCGCAAGCACGGUAAUCCAGAUUGGCAGAUCACCAAUAGUGCCAUCGAGAAGGAUUCCAACGAGGCCAUCAAUACUCCGGUGAUUGAGAACAAUCAGUACACUCAAGGGGAGCAUGGCAAGACAGAGCUGUCCCUGGUUCAUUUUACGCUGACCAACCCUACAUGGCAGAUGCCACCGGAAGCCAGACAUUUUGUUCAGGGCAUAAAACGGCAUGCCCUGCAAGAUCUCAAUCGGCAGCGAGGCAUGCUAUAUGGAGGUGGUCCUCCAACCAUGACGAACCCCAUGGCACAGAGCCUCCUUUCGAUGGAGAGCCUUGGUGAGCAGUAUCAAUCGAUCAUUCAUCCGAUUUUACAAACCCACAAUCUGUCCAACUCGCAACAGUUGGGCUUGUCAUUGACUUUGGGUGGGCUCGGAUCGCCACCUCCAGUUCCACCGCCCACUUCGGCCCCCCAUCUGCCCGCGGAUCAUCUUCAGCAAUUCAAUGUGCAAUCACACUAUCAAUACAACUCUCCUACGUCGUUCGAUUUCGAACGGAUGCUGCAGCAAAAUCUCACCGAUGGUAGCACAGCACCCCUCAGGAGCACGUUCCUGCAUGACAUCAAUGAGAAUGACGACGAUGAGAAUGGUGGUAUGGGGGAAGCGGGGGCAAGCCAAAUUUAUACAUCUAGUCAAGCUGCUGGCACGUUUGGUGGUGAUCCUCGUACGACGAUGAGUUUCAGUACCCGAGGCGGUAUGAGCAAACGCGAGGGACCUGCUGAAGGUUCCCGCAAUGGACUUCUAUCAAGUCUGUACGGGGAGAGUAUAAGCUCUCAACCACCGUCGCACGAGGUAACGGCAGCGGAUAUGUGUCUUAGUACUUUGUACCUGCACGAGUUGCAUCACAAUCAUAUGCGACGUCGCGGUGGCAGUCUUCGAACCGAGGCAGCGCAAAGACAACUGUGGCAGCGGCCUCACCAGCAGCAAUCACCAUCGGUUGUGUUUCCCGGGUCCAGCGUGUCCGGCUCAACGUCGGCAGCUGCAGCAGCAUCAAGUUCCACAUCGGCAGCCGCCGAAAGGACACCACUACUCGGUAGCAAAAAGUCAUAGCAAAACGCCGAGUGGGUCUAACGAUAGGAUAUAACGUUAUAGUUCCACAAGUUCUAGACAAAGUGAUAUGGAUUAUAAGGCAAAAUCAGGGACGGAUUGUCCCCCAAUGUGUUGCCCUACUUCGUAAGUGUGAAUGUUAGAGUAUGUGUUUAUUGGUAGCUAUGUCCUCCGCAAAGGAUUCUGGCACUUUGUGUUUUCUGAAAAGUGAAAGCAGAGCACACACAAACACACGUUCGAAUCACUAAUUUUAAGUAGGAAAUCAUUUUUAAAUUAUAUUUUGGACGAAACUACUUAUCCGCACACAUCCGUUGAUAUAAUCGUCCUCUAUUUCGGUCGGAAGUGCAGAUACCGCAAUGGAACCGGUUGGGCAAAUUUUUAUUGGUCUAUCUUUGUAAAUAGGCGACGCAAAAUUUUGAAAAUAAUAAAUUACACAGAACAGAUGUAUUUAUAGAAUGAA